AUGUGGCAUCACUUAAAGACGGGUAGAUUUAUCUCUCUAAAGAAAUCAAAGAUUCAACCAAGGGUUGAUGGUUAUUUCAAGGUGUUGGAGCAUAUCAAUGACACCACAUACAAAAUAGACCUUCCUGGUGAAUAUCAAGUUAGUGUCACAUUCAAUGUUAGUGAUUUGACUCCUUGUGACGUAGAUGAUGAAUAUGACGAGGAGAUGAAUUUGAGGACAAAUUAUCUUAAAGAGAGUGGGGAUGUUGAGGACCUACUAAAAAUAAAGGUUAAAGAUAUUCAAGAACUAGAAAUGGAAGGACCAUUAACUAGAGAAAAUACUAGAAAGUUAAAGUUACAAUUGGAGUAA